AUGACACACGAAAGCGCAUACUAUAGGAUAUGUGACAAUCCCGAAUAUUUUAAGUUCAAGUACUGAGGUUUAACCUUUAUAAAAACUGCAGAAUAUCAUUUGGUUUGGUAAAGUCUGCUUUUCAGUCUGCUAAAAAGUCAGAAGUCGCAACAGAAACGUAUACGUUUCAUUGGCAGGAAAAAGUUUUUAGUGAGGUAAGUUUAAAGCUCUUCAUAUUUUGCAGUUGGAAAAAGAAAAAUAUGCAGAGCUUUCAAACUGUACGACGGAAUUGGAGCGACUUUAUCAUCGCAGAGUGAAGGACAUCGCGUAUGUUAUUAUUACUCAAAAAGAUUAAGCACACCGUUUAGAAAAAGGGAAACUCGCAAUUAUUUUUCCCUGUUCACUUAUAUCAACGAGGACCCUGGAUUGAAAUCGUUCCAGGCACGACUUUUUGAAUAA